AUUUGCAGUGAUAUGAACGCAUCGAUUGCAAGUUCUAGUGAACAUCGUUAUUCAGUUGGCAUUUCACAAGCCACAACAUAUUCGUCACCUCUAGAGCUCAAUGAGGAGCAGAAAGAAAAAAUACGAAAACAAGUGCUAGCAAGUGAUUUCAAGCGGAUAAAGCUACAAGAAGGAUUGCGAAAGAACUGGGAUAAAUUUUAUCUGCGAAAUAAGAAUAAUUUCUUCAAAGAUAGAUGGUGGACCCAGUACGAACUUGAUGGACUGUUGAAGCAGCAUAUCAAUUUACAGGAUAGCUUGAAUUUUUUGGAAGCUGGAUGUGGUGUUGGUAAUUUACUUUUCCCCCUGAUGCAUCUUUACCCGCACUGGAACUUUUAUGCUUUUGACUUCUCAGAUAACGCCAUUCGGUUACUACGUGAACGCAGUAAAGCGAGCAAUCUGUCAAUCAGUACUGCAGUUGCAGACUUGACCUGCGAUAGCUUUUCUUUGGAUUUUCCAGCAGCUGACGUAGCAUCAUUAAUCUUUGUCCUCAGCACAAUUCCCCCUUAUAAGCAGCAGCAAGCAGUGAAGAAUCUAUUCAAUCUGGUAAAAUUUCGGGGUGUGGUUUUUGUUCGUGACUACGGCAUCAAUGACAAUGCUAUGCUUCGAUUUGGCCGAGGGUGCAAAUUGGACGAGCGAUUUUAUGCAAAACAGGAUGGGACGAUGACUUACUACUUCAAAUCAGAAGAACUGGACGAACUAUUCAUUGAACAAGGUUUUUGCAAAGUAACAAAUACAUACCUCUUACGAAAAACUGUCAAUCACCAAAAAGACAUUUCAGUUGAUCGAGUAUUCGUACAGGCUAUUUACACCAAACCCUUCUGAUGAGAGCAUCUCUAAACCAUUCCAAAAAAUGGAAUAUACUGAAAUAUCAAAAACUUGCAUCUCUCAACUGUAUCAAGUAUACCAAAAUAUUCCGAAAAGAAAGCAUGAACUACCAUUUAUUAGCAA